AAAUUGUUUUUACACAUCAUUCUGCUACACAAAAUCUUUAAGUUUGUUUUUAAAUCUGCAGCGAAGCGAGCAGGUCUCGCGUUUCCUCUGAAGCCUGCAGUUCGCGUGUGCAUGUGUGAUAAUGUGUAUAUGCGCGCUCGCGGCAAGAGAGCACGUUCAGUACGUCUGGCACACAGGACAGCGGCACUCAUGGGUCCUCAAAGAAACACGGUGGCGAUUUCCAUCGCCGUUUAGCACCACUGAAGGUGCAACAUUUAUUCCGGGCACGCGCCCGACAGCGGACUGUCCUGAAGCCCUCAGGAAUCUCGCGCUCUAGUAGAGUGACAGUGAGAGUAGCGCGCGCUCGGCACGGACCGCAGUGGAAUGUAGCGGGGAUUCCCGUUGCGCGCGGGGCAAGAAAUACCGGAUUGUUGGCAGAAUCCAGCAGUUUUAGUGGUGAGAAUGUGAAUUGCAACCUCAUUCUAAGAGCUGUCAAUCGUUCAUCAAGCCCCAAGAAAACACCUGAGCGGGUGGAGCAUGGCCAGUGGGAGUGUCUGGCAUUACUAUGCCUGAAGGCACGUGGCAAUGGUGUCCAUGGAAACAGAUGGCAGCUUCACUGAGGGUCACGGUCUGUCCCUCCUACAGGCAGAAGAUAGCGUGGGGGCCGGACUCGCUCAGCAGGAAGGGGCGUGGCUUGGUUUCCGGGCUACAGUGAUUGCUGUGUUGCUGUUGGAGCUGCUCCUGGGGGUGGGCGGUAACCUGACAGUGUUGGUGUUAUACUGCGGUCACUGCAGCCUGUUGGAGUCCGUCAGUCAUGCGGUCACGCUCAGUCUCCAUACCCUUGACUUGCUGCUCUGUCUUCUCUGCCUGCCAAUUACUGCCACUCUCCUCAUACUGGGCGGAGCCUCGGUUCCUCACCACGCCCUGCUCUGCUGCCUCCACGAAUCAGCAGCCUGCUUUGCCAGCGUGGGCACCGCACUUAACCUGUUGCUCAUCAGCUUAGAUCGCUAUGACAUCAGCGUUAGGCCAGCCAAUCGUUUGCUGACGCCGAGGAGGGCAACCGUUCUGCUCGUCGGAGUGUGGGUGGUCUCUUUAGCCGUGCCACUACUACCGUUUGUGGAGGCAGGGUUUGUGUUGGACCAAGGAGAGGGAGUGUUUGUGCAAUCCAAUAGCACCGUGCUUUGUUCGGAGUGGGGUGGAGCUCUGCAGGCUCAUCUGUUACUACAGGUACCAGUGUUCCUGUGCUCUCUAGCUGUGAUGCUAUUUACAUACUCGCGAAUUCUGCAGGCACUGCGCAUUCGCAUUGGACGCACGCCCAGGUCCCAACGAGACACCAAACGACCUGCUUACCGACUUUGGUUACGUCGCAAACGGUCAGCGAGGUCGCCGGAUCACACGACGAGGAACACGCCCACCUCCCCGCCACCACUCUCUACUGGGCCGCUAAUCACAUCGGAUACAGUUACUACGGUAACCGUCAACACUGAGACAAAUACUCCAUCACUUACUACUCCUCUUAGCCCCACCCCUACUGUAUCUGUGAUAACAUCACCUCUAGGCCCCACACCCACUGCUUCUGUCGCCUCCUUGUCUGUUGUAACUAGUCCCCAAAUCCCCUCUCCUGCCACGCCCUCUGUAACCACACCUUUAAGCCCCACGCCCACUGUGUCCACAGUAACUGCACGGGUGAGUCCCGCCCCAACCCAUGGCCCGCCUAGUAUGGGUGUGGGUGCUUCUGUAUCAGCCAUCUUAGCUUUGCGUCGAGCAGUUCGGCGCCACAGAGACCGAAGGGAACGUCAAAGGCGAGUCUUUCGCAUGUCUGUCAUAAUCAUCCUCUCUUUUCUUCUAUGCUGGGCACCUCUCUCCAUCAUGCCUCUCCUUAUGCUGGCUAUCGGACCCUCUGAUUGGCUAGAACGUCUGAGACUCUGCUUCCUGGUGCUUGCGUAUUGGACGGUAGUGCUACAUCCACUGCUAUACGCGUUCACUAGACAAAAACUGCGUAAAGUUUUGCAUACCCGCCUGCGCAGGCUUCGUCCACAGAACGGGCAGACUCGUGUCCGUACCAAUACCAGGAUCCGACGCAAACACAGGACGAAUUGCAGCAAUGCUACGGACCGUUGCCUGACAGAGGCUGUUAGAGAAUAAUGGUGUGUGUUUGUGCAUCAUUGACUUAUGGCUGUAGGUAUGAGUGAUGUGUGUGUGCAGGAAAUGGGUGUAAAAACCAUUGUAACUAGGGAUGCACUGAUAUAAAAUGUAUGUGCCGAUACCGAUAGUUUUGCUUUUGUGUCAAAGUACUAUGUCAUGAAAUCCUAGAACUGCAGAACAUACAAACUGCAGCUCUGUUGUCAUUUUCGCCCAGUUCAAAAUAUUCACACAGCACAAAUUCUGAUUGACAGGAUAUAGACGGUUUUAGCAGUAACAACAUAAGCAAACGGGUUUUGUGAAAAAUUUAACUUUAGGUUAACUCUGCAAAGAAUUAAUAACUUAGAGUCCUAACUAUUAAUAGAGUAGUUUAUUUCAUAUUACAAGCAAGUAGAUUACUCACGGUAAAAAAUCUGCAGCUUUUUUUGUUAAAAAAUUAAGUUAAACAAUUUCAACUUGAUUUUAGAAGUUAUGUCAACUUUUCCCAAGCCAAUACUUAAAAUUGUAGGUAUGGUUUGACUUGCAAAACCAAGUUGUUUUAACUUGAUACUGCAUUUUUUUUACAAUAUAGUUCAAAUCAUAGAUAAAAUCUAUCCAAAACUACACUCAGCUAUGUUACUGUGUAAAAUGUGUACUAUAUAAUAUAUACAGUGUUACCAAAGAUCGGCUGCCAAACCUCCCUUCACAUAGCGGUGAUCCAUGAUCGCCAAUUCCCCUCGACUUUAGGAAACCAAAACAUUUGUUAUUUUCGACAAGGUAUUUGGUCCAAAGUUUAGUUUAGCCACUAGAUAACGCACGUGUCCGAUAAAACAGUGUAUAAUCUGCGCUGCAAUCUGCUCCGAUCAUCGGCUGUUUUUAAACAAUCCGCCGAUAUCCGAGAGUAGGAAAAAAUGCUUUUAUCUGCAGAUACUGAUUAAAGGCCGAUAUGUCUGUGCAUCCCUACAUUGUAAAAAGUGAACAGUUGGAUCAACUUAAAAAGUUACUUUAAUUUGUAACACCUAAAAAAUUAUGUUUAUUUAACUUAAAUGUUCACUUUAAUGAAAAGUUUAAUUUGUAUAAACUAAAUUUUUUUAGGUGUGUCCAGUUGAAGAAACUUUUUAAGUUGAUCCAACUUUUCACUUAUAAUAGUUUAUUUUUAUGUUGUCCUCCUAUGCUUUUUCAAAAUUCUUAAAUUUUAAAGGAAUAAUUGACCAGAAAAAGAAAACUUUCCUCAUGCCAUCCCAGAUUUAUGUAGUCUCACCUAGCCGUUUUUUGCUGCUUUUUCUGGACAAAGCCCAUCCACGAGCUGUUUGACCGACAUGUUAAACAACCAAUCACAGUUUGUUUCGUCUAGCGUCACAUUUCAGACUCCCAACAAUAACGAGCCGGCUGACAACAAGUCAGUUAUUUAAAUAAUCAGCCAACCGAAUAGCAUCUAAAUAAACAACAUUACUCACCAUAGAACAACGUUGUGCACUUCAUCAACAUCCACACCAAUGCGACGCUCCCGUUAAACGUCUGUUUGAAGCAUACCUCUCCACUUUUUAACACCUUCAAGCAAUUCAGGAGAACCAAACUUUUUGACUCCACUAACUGCCUCAAGCAUUCUUUUGGAGGUCUUUUAGAGAGUCUAUGCUGCCAACUUUGCAUAUUUUUUAUAUAUUUUUAAUCCAAUGUUUAGGUGGUCAUGAUAACUGGUCAUUACUAUCCAUGUGAACACGACUGAUUAUUUAAACCAAUCAAAAGACAACUUUAGACAUUCCCACAGGGUUUCCAGAAAAGUGUACGGGCGGGACGUCUGAGGCUGAGACUAAGAUGUAUGUAACUUUCUUCAGUUGAACACACAUUUUUUUAUAAUUAAAGCUGUCGUCUUAUUUGGGAGCCAAAAUUGCAAACUUUAAAGAGUACAUACUGGACAUCCAUCAUUAAAGAAUUCCAAAUGACUCUUCAAAAACAAAAUUAUAUGUUUAUAGGAGAAAACAAUAUUCAUAUUUCUGAAUUUUUUGGUAAACGAGAUUUCACCAAGUAGGAUGUGAUCCUCCUGGAUCAACAUUCAACAUCAUUGUUGCACCUGGAUCAACAUUUUCAUUUCCUAGAGUUAAACAUUUGAUUUUUACCGUUUUGAAAUCCAUUCAGCCAAUCUCUGGCACUAGCACUUUUAGCAUAGCUUAGCACAAUCCAUUAAAUCUGAUUAGACCAUUAGCAUCACGCUCAAAAAUGCAGAGUUUUGAUAUUUUUCCUAUUUAAAACUUGACUCUUCUGUAGUUACAUCGUGUACUAAGGACGCCAGAAAAUUAAAAGUUGCGAUUUUCUAAGCGAUAUGGCUAAGAACUAUACUCUCAUUCUGGCGUAAUAAUCAAGGACUUUGCUGCCGUAACAUGGCUACAGCAGGCGCAAUGAUAUAACGCAGUGCCCGAAAAUAGUAACCUGCUAGUAAAAAUUACCAAGGGGAAGAAACAAAAUAGGUAACACGUAAAAAUUACUUUUUCAACUUAUUUUCAAAAUUUUGGUUGAAAAAUUUUAAUAUUUUAGGUUUAACCAAAACUGAAGAAACUUUCACUUUUUACAGUGUAUAAAUCAUUUUUUCUCCUUAUUAACCUACUCAAAUCAUUUUCUGUAGAUUACUAAAGGGAUAGUUUGCCCAAACAUAACAAUCAGCCCAUAACUUUUAACAUCUUGGUUGUACAGUAUAUGCCUUUCUGUCUUCAGCUGAACACAGUUAUAUUAAAUAAUAUCGUAUCUUAGUAAUACAAUGUGACAAAGUGAAAAGUGUAUGAAAGUUUAUGAACCACCCAUCCAUCUUGCGUGUCUCAUCAUAUACAUUGUAACGAAACAUGCAGAAUUUGUUCAAUUAUUAUAGAAUUUUCAUUUUCUGGUCAUUUUCUAAAUUUCUAUUUUUUUUAAAGAGGUCCUUUUUUGGCUGUGAUGCAAAAAAUGGAUAAGCAGUAGCACCCACUUAUACCUGCCUUUCAGUAGAUAUUAGAUUAAUAUUCAUGAAUCAAACUGAUUUCAUAUCACUCCUACGCAUCUGAGAAACCAUUAAUGUGUUAGAUGUUUUAGACGACGUGCGUGAUGUGAUCACAUUUAUAGAAGAAAUUCAAAGACGUCAGUGUUGUUCACGAGUGUGUAGUAUCACCGGCAACUAAUCAGCACAGGGUUUCUAAAGCACACUGAUCUCUGUUCAGAGAGGUCAACAGGCCACUGUCUAAUUAACCUGUAGAGUACAACUAAUCCCAAGGUGCUAGGAAAAGAAAGAAAGAGAAAGUGAGAGUGUAUCUACAGGCAUAAGUUUGUAAGAGGUCAUGUGCAAUAAAUUUAUAAUCCAGGUUUAGCAUCGCAUGAUUCCCAUAGAAAUUAAUAUCAUUGUGUGGUGAUAAUCGUAGCCAUCUGUACCGCCGCUAAGCGUACAUAUACACAGAUUUACAGUGUCCUUUUCAUUGGUAGUCUAGAGGGCAGUAGAGUUAUCAUUGUGUUAAUGUAUAUGAUCAGGGAUGUAAAUAGUCACAGAUAUUACUGUGGUUUAAAACCGCAGCCAAUUAUUUAAAGUCCCCUCUAGCAAGGGCAUGCGUAUCGGUUCGAUCAGUUUCUGAAAAUACUGACAAAACCACUUUUACAAUGUCUAAAUUAAUAUAUUUUAUCUGUGUCCUGUAAAUGUAUAUCUUGUCAGUGCUGUACAUUAAUUUGUUUUGAGAUGUUAUUGUAUUACUUUACAAUAGAGGAGCAAUAAGUCUGAAUUACAGUAAUAAAAACAUUCAGCCUC